CCUUGUGGUCCUUUAGGACGUACUGUACGUGGGCCUUGCUCAAAAAUCACUCCAUCAUCCUGUGUGUUGGAUUUAAUCCAUCCACCAACCCUGUUUGAUGCUUCAACUAAUGUUAUUACACUUUUUGGAUCUUUCUUCAUUAACAAGUAAUGUUACAAUGGAUGAAAUAAUCUAUGAUAAACUCUCGUCUCUAUCGGAAAUAUCAAAGGCACAAUUAGAAAAAAUAUUAAAAACAGUGCCUGGUUGUAAACACCUUAUUAUUGAACCUUCUCUCAUCAAACCCUUGGAGAGAAUCUGUGGUGUAUCAUGGCUCAAGUCGUACGGAAUAGAGAAAAUCUUCAAAUUGUACGCCACAAUAACAAAAGACACCCAAUCAACAUCCCUCUACAUGAUUUACACAAACACAUCAACAUUUGAGAGUGUUUUACAACAAAUCCAAUCAAAGGUUAAUUCAAACCAGGCAGAAGACAGCAAAUACCACAUUAUAUGCGUCCCUAAAGUGUUAUACUUCUUUGAAGAUAUUGUUGAACAAAAUGGCUUGUUCAAUAAUGUCAAACUUUAUUCAUUUCAAUGGUUUCCCAUUCACUUGGAUCAAGGUAUAUUAUCUUUAGAAAUGCCAUCCAUGUUUGAGAAUAUUUUCAUCCAAGAUGAUUAUAGUUUAUUGCCAGUGUUUUCUAAAAGUUUGUGGCAUUUGUUUUUGUCACUUGGCAGACCCAAUUUUUGUUUAUCUUUGGGUAAAAAUGCUAAUAAUAUUGUAAAACAAUUGGAAGAAUCAACUUCUUUUGGGGAUAGUGAUAUAGGUGGAUUAAUUGUUAUUGAUAGGGAUAUGGAUUAUCCUGGGGCUUUGUUAACUCCUGCGACGUAUUCAGCAAUGCUUAAUGAAGUAUUUGGAGUUAAUAGUGGAGUUUGUAAAAAUGAGACUGUGAAUGAUAGCUUAUUAGAUGAACAAUGCAACAAAAUCAUUGUAAAACAAGCGGUUAAUUUUGUAUUAGACUCUAAAAAGGAUUCGGUGUACAAAUUAAUCAAAGAUAAGCACUUUUUUGAAGUUACUGAGAUAUUAAGGCACUUAACUAAAGAUUUAAAGGUGCAGGGUGAAACUUCAGACAUGGCUUUACAUGAAAUGAAGAGAUAUGUGCAAACUAAAUUGCAAUCUGUAGCGCAAAAGAAGCAAUUUGUUGCUUGUCACCUAAACGCGGCUGAAACUUUAGUGCAUUUGUUGCAUAGCAGACUACAGAAAUUGUUUGAAGUGGAAUGUGACAUUUUGCAGAAUCAAAGCAAGUCUAGAAGUUUAACAACUCUUGAGGAGUAUUUACAGACUGAACGCGAUGCGACGUCAGCUUUUGCACUCUUUUUAUUGUUAUGUACAACGCAAAAAUGUUCACACUCAGAAGUCAAGUCAUUUCUUACCAAAUUUUUCAUUGAAUUUGGAUAUAAUCAUGCACAUUUAUAUCAAAAAUUAGUGAAAACUAAUAUUAUUGACAGUAGCAGUGGUAAUAAGUUGAAACUGCAAUUGAUGAGUAAAAGUACGUUCUUUUCGAACGCAAAUAAGUUGAAACAAUUGAAUGCGGAACCGGAUAAGGUCAGUUUGAAGAAUCCGACAUGUUGUAGUUAUGUUUAUGGCGGAUUGUACAUUCCAUUGAUUGCACAAAUUGCAAGUCUUGUAUUGAGUGGAACGCCUAUUGAAGAUUUGAAACAGAAGUUGUUGCAUUUUGGUGAGUUGGCUGUAAGCGGAAAGUAUUUUAAUGCCAAGAAAAGUUUAAUGGUUUAUAUUAUUGGUGGAAUAACGUAUUCGGAAAUUGCGGCGUUGAAUUUAUUAGAAUCCAUGAUGGGCGUUAAGAUUAUUAAAGUUAGUGAUAGAAUUAUAUCGAAAAACGACAUUGCUAACGCGUUUAUACAAUAAUUGAACAAUAAAUAUGUUAUUGUUUAA